CGCAGUCUCUAUAAUUGCCAGUUAAGAUCAUUUCAAAAUUAUUAGUAAAUAUAUAUUCAGGUGAUAUUAUUCUGCUUUAAAUGAGAAUUUUUUAAACUAUUUGACGUCUGACAAGUAAACUCAACCGAUGCAAUAUAUAAAACGUUUUAUAUCAAGCAGUCCUAUAAUGAGUUUCAGUCAAAAAAUUAACUACCCAUCCGCAGAUAGGAAUAAGUCUUACAUAUUGGAGGUGUUACAGAAGGAGUUAGAUGAAUCAACGAAAGCAAAUGUUUUGGAAAUAGCCUCGGGCACAGGUCAACAUGCUUCUUAUUUCGCACAAAGCUUUCCCAAUUUCAUCUUCCAACCUUCAGAGUACGAUAAAUCGUUGUUCGAAAGCAUCUCUGCAUAUGCGGAUGACACACCUACAAACAACGUAAAACAACCACUUCAAAUCGACGUUACGCAGGAUUUUUCGAAUAUCGGUGUAUUUGAUUAUAUCAUUAACGUGAACAUGUUCCACAUAACCCCGUUUAAAUGCACCAUUGGGUUUUUCGAGAAUGGCAGUAAAGUACUUAAAACUGGAGGAAAGAUUGUGACAUAUGGACCCUACAAAGUUAACGGAGUACUCGAACCAGCUUCCAAUGUUCAAUUUGACGCAGGAUUAAGGAGGCAAAACGUUGAAUGGGGUGUGAGGGACAUAAAAGAUUUGAAAGCAAUAGCUGAACAAUAUAGGAUUAUGUUAUUGAGAAGCUAUGAUCUACCAUCCAAUAAUAAAUGUUUAGUAUGGCAAAAAUUGUAAUUUGGAAAUUAAUAAAUAACUGAUAUCUUA